GAGAGAGAUGCGUCCACAUGAAUGAUUCCGAUCAUCGAUGUGUCUUGAGCUCCUCUCACCCACACACCACACCACACCUACACGUGCCCUGAGUGUGUCCCACCUGCCUGUGUGUGUUUCCAUCUGUCUGUGCCUGCGUCUGUCUGUCAGUCAGUCUCUUCUCCCUCACAUGAUGGCAAAAGGCGAGACAGCACAUCCACACAGCCACAGACAGAGAGAGAGAGAGAGAGGCGGGGUCUGUCUGUCUGUCUGUCUUGUCUUCUCACGCACACACACAUGCAGACUGGAUCGAUCGUCGGAUGGACGGGAUGCGAUUGAUGCGACGCCGACGGACGGGCGGAUGAACAGAAUCUCACCUGCACACCCAACACACAGACAGCGAUGGAUGGAUGGAUGGGAUGUGUCUGCCCUCCCUCUCUGCUGACGUACUCAUUCGUACUGUCUGUGUCUUGUUUGUGUGUGGUCUUAUUGGGGAGGGUGCCAGCCGCGGAGAGAGUAGGGGUCGCUGAGACGGAUCGCCAGACGCAUGUCAGACACCAUGAGCGUGACACGUCUGCACACACAUGGCCAACGGACGGACAGAUGGACAGAUGGUGUGUUGCAAUGUGUUGUGUGUGUCGGUCAGAUGGACAGCUCCUCACUUUGCGUGGAUGGUACACUGCAUGGCGUCCUCAAACAGCCGCACAGCGAACGCCUCGGUCGCCUCCUGCAUGGCCAGCAUCGCACUCGCUUGCCAGCGGAGGCCGCCCGGGGUACCCACCUGCUCCUGAUCAGAGAGAGAGAGAGAGAGAAAGAAGGGGCGUGGGUGUGUGUCGAGUGGGUGUGUCUACCUGGCAGAUUUCUUUGACGAGGCGGCGGAAGGGCAACUUGCGACGCAACAGGUCAGUCGACUGCAUCAAGGCAUCACAUCACAUCGGCACACACACAAACAUGAGCAAGACAGAGGUGAGGAGAGGCAGUCACUGCCUGUGUCAGUGAGAGAGUCAGUGAGUGCCUCACCUUCUGGUACUUGCGGAUCUCACGGAGCGCCACUGUGCCGGGGCGAUAGCGAUACCGACCUGCAACCGACAAACACACAAUCACACAGUCAGAUCAACACAACACAUCCAUCCAUCCAAUCAUUGCAAUGGAAUGCACCCCGUCCAUCCAGCCACUCCCUUCACCCUCUCAUCCACCUGUUUUGGUCAUCUUUGGGUGUCGCUUCUUGUCGCUGGCGGCGCUGAGUGUUUCCUUCUUGACGGCCUUGACGUCCUUCCGCAUUGCCUGUGCCUUGGUGCGUCCCAUGGGGCUGCCGGCUGGCGACUCUGAGCGAGGGUCAGGGGUGUCAGAGGGCCGGUACUCGACAGGUCAGACAAUCAACCGACCAAACACACGAGCGGAUGGACCGAUCGGAUGGAUGAACCGACAGAAAUUAGGCGAAAAUUUAUGGACGGAGAGAGAAGCAAUCGAGCAUCUCGCAUCUGUUUUUGCGUAUUCCGUUUACGUAUCGCAUCCUGUCAACACGAACCGCCCGUGGCGCUCUUUCACAUCCAACGGCAGGCAUGGUCAAAUGAAGCACAAGGCACGACAGCUUCCCAUAAUCACACACAUUCACAUGACUCACUCACUAUUCUACACACACCCCACUGGGCACUGACGAG